UUCUUCAUCCCCUCUCCCGCUUCUCCCUCAGUCCUGUCCCUCCUUCUUUCUUCCUCCUCUUCCUGGUCUACCUAGCCGGCAGCCCGCCCUUCGCCCCUCCCCUUCGCACUCCCGCGUGGUGCCAGCGGGUAACUUAUUGCCGCACUCCAGAGCCUUCCAGCAGAGCAGGGAUGAUGGCUCCGGUGAUGCUGCCGCUGGUGCUCUUGCUUCUGGCCGGGGACUUUCCAGUCUCCUCCAACUCUUUGGACUUUCCCAACUCUCACUUAGUUCAGCCUUCAGAGUUCAGAACACCAAACUGUGAUCAUUAUGACUACCCAGCAUGCCCCAGGAACCUCAACCCUGUGUGUGGGAGCGACAUGAACACUUACGGGAAUGAAUGUACUAUGUGCAUGAAAAUCAGGGAGGAUGGUAACCCUCUUAAGAUCAUCAAAGAUUCACCUUGCUGAUGGGCGGUUUACAGAAGAGCAGCUGGAGAAACCCCUACUCCAGGGCCUCCUGCUAGAAUCCCACUCCUUCUUUCUCCCUUCCCCUGUUUCUUUGCAUGGUUCCCGUUAAUGCACCUUCUCUGUGAGGAGGUGUGGAAGACGGCAGUGUGCAGGGAUUCAUAAACUUCUAAAACUCCUGCUCUGGGCCUCUGCUCUAUAGCUCAGUUUAGUUACACUUAUGGCCCUGGUGACUUUCGCAUUGCUUUACUAACAUGGAAUAAAAUGAGCAUUGAAUUCGA